CUCUCAUUUCCUCGGACCCCUGCUCUCCUGCUCAGUGUGAGCGGCACACUGUGCAGUUCUCGUAAAAAUAGAGUGCACAGCGCAUCCCAGCCAGUCCUCCUCCUCGCUCUCUGAUUCUCACAUCAGGAUGGAUCUACCCUCCUAGCAGUGCACAAGUCUACUCAGACAGUUUGCAAGUUGGGCUCUCAUUUAGGAGUGAAGCAGGCGCUGAAACUAACGUCUCUUCUCCCGCUGAAAAUAUUUCCUUCACCUCUGCGCAUCAACUUGGCUUUAACAUGAUGGCAGUAAACGGGAUACGAUCGCGCCUUUUGCUCCUGCUCUGCUUUAUGUCCACGGCAGCGGGCAAUAUGUUUGCAUACACCGAGGAGCCCUCCGAGAGAGUGGGGAAGGGAGACGGGUAUUGUAGUCGGAUAUUACGGGCUCAGAGCAAUCGGAAGGAGGGCAACAAUGAGUUUCGCCUCCGCGUUGAGGGAGACCCGGAGACCUAUCAUCCAGGGAGCACAUACAGAGUGACUGUGAUGGCAUCCAGCCCCUCUUACUUUAGAGGCUUCACCCUUAUUGCCCUAAGAGAGGGUACAGAGGGAGACAAUGACUCGGACUACAUUGGAAAUUUCCAGAUAAUUGAUGAGGAGGAAACUCAGUUCAUGACCAACUGCCCCCCUGCUGUGACAGAGAGCACCCCUCGCAGACGCACCAGCAUCCAGGUGUUCUGGACUGCGCCCCCCAGUGGCUCUGGCUGUCUCUCCAUUAAGGCGAGCAUUGUGCAGAAGAGGAUAAUCUAUUUCCAGGAUGAAGGCUCUCUCACGAAGCGAAUGUGUGAGAAAGAAUCCCUGUAUGGAGACGUUACAGAGAAACCUCUGCUCAACUGUUGUGCCUGUGGAACAGCAAAGUACAGAGUCACCUUCUUCGGGAACUGGUCAGAAAAGAGUCAUCCAAAAGACUACCCACGUCGUGCUAAUCACUGGUCAGCCCUCAUUGGUGCCUCGCACUCUAAGGAUUAUGUGCUGUGGGAAUACGGUGGCUUUUCUAGUGAUGGAGUUAAACAGGUGGCUGAGCUGGGAUCCCCUGUCAAAAUGGAGGAGGAGAUCAGACAAAAGGUGGGCCGUCAGAGGGAGCAGCUACCGAUGAAUUAA